AUGAAGAACAUCGCAAUUAUUGGUUUGGGAGCAGCAGGCUUAUGCGCUUUGCGGCACCUUGCAGCUCGUCCGAAUUUCUUCAGGGCAGUUGGCUUUGAACAGAGUUCACAGGUUGGUGGAACCUGGGUCUAUACUCCAGAAGUACGGACUGAUAAAAACGGCAUUUCUAUACAUUCCAGUAUGUAUAAAAAUCUGAGGACCAAUCUGCCAAAGGAAGUCAUGGCUUUUCCUGACUAUGAGUUCAAAAAAAGCCUCCCUUCCUUCAUUGAACAUUUUCAUGUGAAAGAGUAUCUCCAAGAUUAUGCUGAGCAUUUUGGCCUAUUCAGUCAUGCUAAACUAGAGACACAAAUCCAACAUGUGGAGCCACUACCUUCUACGAAUGCUGGCUCAGUUGGAUGGCGCAUCACAUACAAAAACAUGCAGUCCUCGGCAGCGUCUGAGACAGAAGACUUCGAUGCAGUCAUAGUCUGCAAUGGACAUUAUUCAAUUCCUAAUAUCCCACAAAUUCCGGGGUUAAACAAGUUUAAAGGUAGUACUAUGCACAGCCAUGACUACCGCCAACCUGAACCUUUUGAGGGGAAAACUAUUCUAUGUCUUGGAGCAGGGGCCUCAGGAAUUGAUAUUGCUAUUGAUCUUUCUAGUGUAGCCCGAAAGAUAUAUCUUGCUCAUAACAAAGAACAACUAACAAGUGAAAUGCCAUCAAACUUGGUUCAGGCAACUGGAAUUAACCAUUUCUCUGAGGACUAUUCCUUGAUGGGCGUGUCUAUCCUCUUUUUAAACACAUUGUCCAUGCAUCAUAUCCUUCACUAA